UAGGGGUUUAGGGUUCCUGGGCAGCGAUGGCGGGCGCGCCCGAGGUGGAAUUGCCCGAUUCUUGCGAUGAAUCCGUGGAUGCCUAUCUGGACGAUGAGGAAUGGGAGGAGGAAGAGGAUCUGGCGGGUGCAUUGGACUGGCUCGACGUCCACGAAGGCGCUAGAAGUGGAGCUGUUGAUUCUUCGUUCCAUUAUCGACCAAAUGCGAAUGGAGGUGUCGAGAAUGCUCUCCAGAAAAAUGCGCUCCAGCCGCGAAACAAUCAAAAUCAAAGGUUUUUGUCACACAUACGCGCCGGACCUUUGCAUGAAUGGGAAGGUCAGACCAAUACAGUCAUGUCAAAUUCUGUCACGACAAUGGUACGCGAUAAUGUGCGCAAGCAAGCUGAAGGUCGAGUUCGCGUUCACGAAAAAUCUGAUAGAGCUACUGUGGAGCAAGUUUUGGACCCUCGAACUCGAAUGGUUCUUUUCAAAAUGUUAAAUCGGGGAGUCUUUCAUGAUAUCAAUGGCUGUAUAUCCACCGGAAAAGAGGCUAAUGUGUACCAUGCCACUACAGAGAGUGGAGAAGAACUGGCUGUAAAGGUUUAUAAAACUUCGAUCCUUGUCUUCAAAGAUCGGGAUAAGUAUGUGCAAGGAGACUUUCGGUUCAGGCAUGGUUAUUCUAAGCAUAAUCCACGAAAAAUGGUCAAGACGUGGGCGGAGAAAGAAAUGCGAAAUCUCUUGAGGCUCAAAGCUUCUGGAAUUCGAGCACCAUCUCCUCUUGUCCUGCGACUCCAUGUUCUAGUCAUGGAUUUCAUAGGGAGGGAUGGCUGGGCAGCCCCCCGUCUAAAAGAUGCAGCGCUCUCGGAUACGAAGUACCGUGAAUCUUAUCUGGAGAUUGUACAAAUAAUGCGUACCAUGUACCAAAGGUGUCGGUUAGUUCACGGUGAUCUUAGUGAAUACAACGUGCUAUAUCACGAGGGCCAUCUUUAUAUUAUUGAUGUCUCUCAAUCAGUGGACCUCGAUCAUCCCCGAGCCUUGGACUUCCUCAGGCAAGAUUGCGUCCAUGUCAACGAUUUUUUCAAGAAAGGAGGUGUAGCUGUCAUGACCGUGAGGGAGCUGUUUGAUUUCAUAGUGGACCCGUCGAUAAACGACGACCAAGUGGAAACUUAUCUUCAUGAAAUCCAAAAGCGAAUCGAGGAAAGGAUUUCCUCCACUGCGGACGACGUUGCGGAUGCCGUCUUCGUCCAAGCGUUUAUCCCUCGGACUCUAGAUCAAGUCCAGGAUUACGAAAGAGAUAUCCAGCGCAUAGCGACGGGUAAAGACACAGAGGGGAUUUACUACCAGACAAUCACCGGGCUCAAAGAAGAUCUGUCCGGAGUUCGCCAAGUUCCAUCUUUACUUGAAAAACAAGAGAAGCAACCGGCGACAGCAGAGGCAGAGACUGAUCAGCUAGUACUCUCGGGAGCAGCCUCCUCAAGCAGUGAUAGCAGUGACCAAGAAGGAGACUCCGAGGAAGACGAAACAAAUAAGGAGAGCCGGGAGGAGCGGAGAUCAGCCAGGAAAGAGCACAAGAAGAAAGUGAAGGAAGAACAGCGAGAAGCCCGCAAAACUAAGACGCCAAAAGCCGUGAAAAAGAGAAAGAAAAAGGUGGCACAAGAUAAGAAGCGCAAGCAUUAAAAUGCUCGUUCAUCUUUGUA